CCUCAUUUUGGCAUCUGUAAACAUCAGUGCUGACCCUUGCGAAAAUUUUUACGCAUACGUUUGCAAUGGCUGGAAAGAUGCCCAUCCUAUUCCCGAAGAUUCACCGUUGGUGAGCCCCUUCACAGAGCUCACGCUCGAAGUGAAUAAGGAUCUGAAAGAGAUACUGGAAUCCCUUCCCGUUGUGCAAGAAGCCAGGACGGCCAGAGAAAAAGCAGCCGUCGCAUAUCACGCUUGCAUGAUGAGCGGCAGCGACGAAAUGGAAAGCCUCGGGGCCGUGAGACGCGUGCUCGAAUCGAACGGACUAAGUCGAUGGCCAGUCAUGAACGACGAAGACGUCGCUGACAUCGGCAAGCUGGAAGAUAUGAUAAGUAUGACCGGCUUAUCGUCCCUGUUCGCCGUCGAUGUCGCCAAGGACAUGGACAACCUCACGUCCAACAUUCUCCAGCUGGGCCAGAAAAGCGACAGCACCCUCGAAUCUCUCGUACGCCAUCUGUCGGAGCCGACGAGCACUCUGGCCAGCACAUUCAUGGACGUGACGAGAACGGCGGCGAGGCUUUUGAGACCGAACGCCACAGAAGAGCAACUCGGGGCGCACGUCAACACGACGCUGUCUUUCAUGGCGGCGCUGAACGCGGUGCAAGAAUCAUCCGAGGAGACUCGCAGGGCAAGAAGCAAUUAUCGGAAAGGCACCAUAGAGGAAUUUCAGAGAGAAAUUACCGGUAUUGACCUACACGGGCUCAUACAGGACGAAUUCGCGAGAGUCAACAUCACAAUUCCCACGAACGAAAAGAUAGUCGUCAACGCCAUUCGACACGUAAAUGCCACCGUACAAGUUUACCUCCAAGCCAACCUGGCGGUGGUGUACAACUACAUCGGCUUCGUGAAGGUCGUGGAGCUCCUUCCGUUUGCCUCCAAAGAUUUUGCCUCGCUGGUGGGGACCCUGCGUCACAUGGCGCUGGGUGUCCAGACGGAAGCGCCCCGCUGGAAGCAGUGCGUGUCGGCCGUCGAGCGAAUCAUGAAGGACGCCGUCGGACGACUGUACACGGAGCACAGGCUCACGAAAGAGGCGAAGCAUGAGGCACAGCGUAUUGUCCAUCAGAUAGGCAUGUCCUAUUACGAUCGACUGCAGCACGUCAACUGGAUGGAUCGCCAGACACGUAGAAAAGCCAGAGAAAAGUUGUGGAAGAUGACCUCUAGAGUUGCCUAUCCAGACACCUACCUCAAUGAUGAUUACAUCAACAAUAAGUACGAUGAGGUUGGCGUGAUUAACAGAAAUGAAGAGUUUGUCGAGAUCUCCGAAAGAUUUCAGCGAACAGCGUACGUCAAACUUCUGCGGCAACUGCGUCAGCCAGUACAAAACAAAGACGAAUGGAGCGUCGCUGCCACUGAAGAGGCCAAUGCCUAUUACACUCCGGAGACAAACGAAAUAAUAAUACCGGGAGGAAUACUUCAUGGUCCUUUCUUUCAAGAAGGGCUUCCAGAAUACGCCAACAUCGGAGCACUCGGAUCAAUAAUUGGCCACGAAAUAACGCACGGUUAUGACGACCAAGGUUCCCAGUUUGACGGCGAAGGACGCUUAAUAGACUGGUGGAGCAACAAAACCGAGCAGAACUUCAACGCCAAGAAAGAGUGCUUCAUCAAACAGUACGGAAGCAUAGUCGACCCAGUCACGAAUGAGACGAUCCACGGAGAAAACACAGUGGGAGAAAAUAUCGCGGACAACGGGGCAGUGCGCGUUGCCUAUGCGACGUACGAGCGGUUGUCAGAAUCUUCAAGCCCCGAAAAUCUGCCAGGUCUUGAACACUUCUCUCCGGACCAGCUUUUCUUCAUUUCUUAUGCAUUGGUCUGGUGUUCAUCGGUCCGCGCAGAAGCGAAUUCCAUGAUAAUGGCUGACGUGCACAGCCCCAGCCAGUACAGAGUUAACAUACCACUGCGAAAUUUCGAGAAAUUUUCCUCGGCUUUCGAAUGUGGUCGAGGUUCCCAGAUGCAUUCACCACAGGAAGAGAAGUGCGUUUUGUGGUAGAUGGACAAUCGCUGAAACCUCAAUUUAGGAUUAGGAAAUCCAGCACUUCAGCCAUACGUGACGCCACACUUAUUUCGACUUUCAUUGGGCCCUGAAGACACGGCGGAGCGACCAAACCCAAAGCAGAGACCGCACAUCAGACAAGUUCUCACAACGCCAGACAGAGCAACGUUCCGUCGUGUUAAUGUAUGGGCAAUGAAGAUGUUCCAAAUAAACGCACAAAUAUCCCUACACUGUCAUAUAGAUAGAAUGUUCAGUAUAUAAAAUUUCGAACACUGGCCAAUAAAUACA